CCCCAACCCCUCUCAUCUCAUCUUCAUUUCUCAAGGCCUAGUUAGCUAGCUAUCAAUAUUCAAAACCCCAAUACCAUGCUUGAGCUCAUUGAAUUAUUAUAGAACAAAGAUUAAAACUUUAGAACCAACACUUAUUACACUGGCUCAUUUUCUUUACUUGGCUUUUGGGUUUCGAAAACUUGCUUAUUCAAAAAAGGUUCGGAUGGAAACUUCGGUAAAGAAGAGUGAAAAAUCUCAAAAGAGAAAAGAUGGGUCUGGAUCUUUUGGUUCGAGCACUGAGUCUAGAGAGAGCAGUUGUUGCAGAUCGAGCUCAGAGGCCUCGAGUGAGGAAGCGAAAGCAAAAGGGUCUUCUUCGCCGCCUCUGUUGGGUUGGCCUAUCCACAAGGCUGCUCAAGUGAGCAAAAGCUCGGUUCCUGAUGUGGGUGAAGCUGAAAAGAAAGACGAUUCGAAGUUUAAGAAAAUGGGUUCCAAAAAUUCAGAGAUGGAUAUGAUGAAGGAAAGGUUUGCAAAAUUGUUGCUUGGUGAAGACAUGUCAGGGUCUGGAAAAGGAGUUUGCUCAGCAUUAGCUAUCUCAAAUGCCAUUACCAAUCUCUGUGCUACCAUUUUUGGGCAAUUAUGGAGAUUGGAACCCUUGCCUACUGAGAAGAAAUCGAUGUGGCGAAGAGAGAUGGAGUGGCUACUUUGUGUCAGUGAUCACAUUGUUGAACUGAUUCCCAGUUGGCAAACAUUUCCUGAUGGAAGCAAACUUGAGGUCAUGACUUGCAGGCCAAGAUUGGAUAUUUUUAUGAAUCUCCCGGCUCUGCGUAAACUAGACAACAUGCUUCUUGAUAUAUUAGAUAGCUUCACCAGUACGGAGUUUUGGUAUGUUGAUCAAGGUAUAGUAGCCCCAGAUGCAGAUGGGUCAGCCUCUUUUCGCAAAGCACUUCAGAGGCAAGAGGAGAAAUGGUGGCUACCUGUACCCCGUGUCCCUGCUGGUGGAAUCAGCGAAAAUUCGAGAAAACAAUUGCAGCACACACGCGAAUGCACAAAUCAAAUAUUAAAAGCUGCAAUGGCCAUAAACAGCAUAGCUUUAGCAGAUAUGGAAGUUCCUGAGUCAUACUUGGAAGCUCUUCCUAAGAAUGGAAGAGCCUGUCUAGGGGAAGUUAUCUACCGCUACAUCACAUCAGAUCAAUUCUCUGCGGAGUGCCUACUUGAUUGCCUGGACUUAUCCUCAGAACAUGUUGCUCUAGAGAUUGCCAACCGUGUGGAAGCCUCAAUAUAUGUAUGGCGUCGAAGAGCUCACUCUAAUUCUAGACUCCCACCCAAUCCAAACCGCUCCACAGCAAAGUCCUCAUGGGAGCUGGUCAAGGACCUAAUGGUUGAUGGGGACAAGAGGGAAUUUCUGGCAGAAAGAGCUGAGGGCCUCCUGCUUUGCUUGAAGCAGCGGUUCCCUGGUCUAACUCAAACUACUCUUGAUACCAGCAAGAUCCAGUGCAACAAGGAUGUUGGAAAAUCCAUUCUUGAGAGUUAUUCAAGAGUUUUGGAGAGCUUGGCAUUCAAUAUUGUGGCUCGUAUAGAUGAUUUACUCUAUGUAGAUGAUUUGACCAAACAUUCAGAUAGACUUUCAUCGACUCCUACCGUCAGUGUCAUUUCUCAUAAGACAGUUUCAAUCCCAUACUCAGUGUCCGUCUCGAGCACUCCAUACAAAACAACAACGUUUUCCACUCCGAGCUUUUCACCUAUGCCACUCAUUAGCCCUGCCAGGGGAGAGAGAACUCCUUUUCUCAUUAGCAGCAGCAACAACAACAACAACAACAACAACCAAAUCAAGCCUCACCGUCGUGGAUUUGGAGUGAAAAAAGCUUUGACAAAUUAUCUUGGCGUUGACACAAAGGCAAGGAUCUGCGGCAAUCCAAGUGAAACUUUAGCUGCAAAUCCAAAUCAAAGUAACACAGAACGUUUGGGAUAUCAAAAGGAAUCAUCAGCCCAGCAAAAGGGGCCCAAAUAUCGCCAGGAACUCUGAGGUUUUCAGGGUAACAAUGGGGUAAUAAAAUAUGCGGUACAGUCAGAGAACUACAGAAGUUUAUUAUAGAAAGCCUUAUGCUCUAACCAAUUAUUUGUAGUUAUGAGUUGGGGGAGUUUAAUGUAAUGGUUGAAUUGAGUAUCUUUGGUUUCUUCUUUUAGCUUUAAGCAGUUUCUGGUUAUACUAAACCAGUACAUUUAGUUUCGUUAAUUUUUUUUGUUUUGCAUUUCAAUGCAGUUGAAAGCAAUGUAGGCGUGAGAGUGCUUGUUCAAAUAUUGGUUGACUUAACUUCUUUUCUGUAUGUUA